CACGCCUCUGGGCUGAAUGGAGUGCGCCGUGCGCACAGUCCGAACUGCAGCGGAGCCAAACUUUUUUCUUUUUUUCUUUUUUAACCUCAUUUGACGGGGUUUAAUAAGUAUCCAAUCGACAUUAUUGAGUCGCUUAAAGUCGAUUAAAUGCAGCAAUGACGCGAGAAGAAGAUCUCAUCCGGAUUGCAAAGAAACUGGACAAGAUGGUGUCUAGAAAUAACACGGAGGGCGCCAUGGACCUGCUGAAAGAGCUGAAAAGUUUCAAUAUGACACUCAAGCUUCUCCAGGAAACGAGGAUUGGUAUGUCUGUGAAUGGUAUCAGGAAGCACUGCACGGAUGAGGAAGUCAUUGCCUUGGCAAAGGUUCUCAUUAAAGACUGGAAAAGACUUCUGGACUCUGGCCAUUCUCACUCUGAGAAACCGGCUGAAAUGAAGAACGGAUUGGACUCCAGCAAAACAGCAGCGUCUCCAAACAGCUCACCCUCCGAGACACAGAGUAGUCACAGGAGACUGGACGUCAAGGCGAAACAUGACUCAGAUCCUGACAAAAAACACUUCGAUAAAAACAGAAAAGAGAAACAUAAUGACGAGCACAAAAACAAAAAGAGGCAUUCAGAUGACCUCAGGGAUGAAAAGCACCUGGACGAGCCCAAAAAUGAGAAACAUCCGCAAGAAAUGAGAAAAGAAAAGCAUUUAGAAGAAUCCAAAAAACAAAAAGCUGUGGAGGAUCCCCAUCUGGAGAUGGAUAACAAGAAACAGAAGCAUGUGCAAGACCUGCAGAGUGAAAGACACAAGCCAGACCCAAGGAAAGAAAGACCGUUAGAGGAACACAAAAAGAUGAGACACGUGGAAGAACUCAAAAAGGAAAAACACCCCGAGGAGCCGAAGAAGCACAGCAAAGAUGACAUGAAGAGGGACAAGCACAGAGAAGACGGCAGACACGAGAGGCCGAUAAACACUCCGCAACGAGAGAGACCGCCGAGUGAACCCCAGAGAGAGAAACCUGCUGAGGCUCACAAGUCCAUAUUUGAAAGGAGAGGAGUCUUGGACAGCAGCAUUCUGUAUCCCACCCGGUUCCCCUCUCCUCCUCGCCCCACUCGACCUCCUCUCCCGAUCAAACGUCCCUCUUUGGACGGGAAAAAAGACAGGAAGGAUGGUAAAGACUCCGCCUCCCGACAGCCUCGCCCUCACACUCCCCGACCCGCCUCUCCUCCGGCCAAGUGGCCUUCACUGGAAGUAAAGAAAGAGAGGAAAGUUCCACCAGACCCAAAUGCUCCAAUUCCUCCUCUUCCUCUUCACCUGCAUCCUCCUCCACCAAGAAAAGAGCCUCCUGACCCCAACGCCCCUCUUCCUCCGCUCCCUCUUCACCUCCAUCCCCCACCGCCUCCUCCGAAGCGUCCCUCACUGGACAGGAAAAAGGAGAAAGAGAGGUCUGACUGCAUGUCUGCGAUCACUGCCUUGGAGUGUCUGGGAGGAUUAUUUUGGAAAAAAUUACCUGUAAUCUUAUUUGGAAAAUUCUGCUCUUCAUUGAAUCCUUGUGUUAUUUGCCACAGCAGGAAGGAGUCGUUGGACUCGAAACCUCCUUCACAGAAGAAGACAUCAGAUCAUGUGAAGAAAGACAGGAAAGACUCAUCGGAUAGCAAAGUGUCUAACAAACACUCCGAUGAAGCCAAAAGAGAAAGGAAAGAUUCCUCUGACUCUAAACCACCACCUCCCAAAAAACCCAGUUUGGAUAUCAAAAAAGAAAAACACAGGAAGGACUCCAGCGACUCAAAGUCUGCCCAACCUGUGAAACGUCAUUCAACUGACUCCAAACCUGACAGACGGGAAUCCACUGAGUCAAAGAAAAGCAGCUCACUACCAGCAAAGGCGCUCACAGGUGAAAGGAGAGAGUCUCAGGGCUCUAAGACCUCUCAGCCUGCACCUCCACAGAGGAAGCCCUCAACUGACAGCAGUGAAAGAAAGGGAAAGAUCGAUGCCCCUAAAACUCCCACCACCCCGACCAGCCCCAUGUCACCCAGCUUCAGUUCUCCCGGGGGUCCACUGUCCCCUCACCUGGCUACUGGAGACUCCAUCAGGGACAAGUGCAUUGAGAUGCUGGCAGCUGCCCUGCGCACAGACAACGACUACAAAGAUUUUACAGCUAACUGUGACAGCAUGGCAGCAGAGAUUGAAGAUCAUAUCUACCAGGAGAUAAAGGCCACUGAUAUGAAGUAUAAGAACAGAGUCCGCAGCCGCAUCAGCAACUUGAAGGACCCCAAGAACCCUGGGCUUCGCAGAAACGUACUGGCAGGGAGCAUUGAGUUGAGGCGCAUUGCCACCAUGUCUGCCGAGGAAAUGGCCAGUGACGAGCUGAAACAGCUGAGGAACGUUCUCACCCAGGAGGCCAUCAGGGAGCACCAGAUGGCCAAAACUGGUGGCACCUCCACUGACCUGCUGCAGUGCGGCAAGUGCAAGAAGAGAAACUGCACCUAUAACCAGGUGCAGACACGCAGUGCUGAUGAGCCGAUGACCACGUUUGUCCUGUGUAAUGAAUGUGGUAACCGCUGGAAGUUCUGCUGAUGCUUUCCAGGUGAAACCACGUUUCUUUGUUUUGUUUUGUUUUUUCUGAGCAUAUUGAAUUGCAUAUUUUCUAUAAUGAGAGGGAACGGCGUUUAUAAAUUAUUGCAACUAGUGAUUUAAAAACAGCAGUAUUCUUACAAUUUUUACUUGAAAUUUUGAGAUUUAUAAGCAUGUGCUAAUAAGAAGGGUUUGCUUUAUGUGGGUUUGAAGACUGAGCAUGAAUGUCAGUUUGAUGACUGAGUCAUUGAAUAAUCCAGUUGGAAGACAUUAACAAUGAUCAUGGUGCUAUCAUGAUGGAAACACAAUCAUAAUCCAGUUAAUAUGUUGUCAGUCAUAUUGCAGCUAUUCACUUUGUAUAUAUCGAAUAACCAAUAAACUGCAUAAAUAAUCAGUAUGAUGGCUUUGUAAACUGUUUAAUAAAAAACAUUUGACAAUCA